ACGUCCGGCCCCGCCCACGCACGGCGGCCGAGCGGCUGGGCGCAGUCGCGCAGGGCGAUGCUACUGCCCGGCGCGCUGCGCGCCCGCCUGGCCGGGACGCCCGGGGCGACUGAGCCCCUGCCGGUGGAGCGGGACCCUGCGGCCGGGGCGCCGCCCUUCCGCUUCGUGGCGCGCCCGGUGCGCCUCCCGCGGGAGCACGAGCUCUUCGAGGACGGGGACGUGCAGAGGCAUCUCUACCUGCAGGAUGUGCUCACGCAGGUGGCCGAAGAGCCAGAGAGGUCCAGGGUGCCCGAGUUCACCUGUCAGGUGGCCGGCUGCUGCCAGGUGUUUGCUGCCUUGGAGGAUUACCAGCACCAUUACAACAUGCUGCACGGGAAUGCCUGCUCCCUCUGCAGCCGGGCCUUCCCCUCUGGACACCUGCUGGAUGCCCACAUCCUAGAGUGGCAUGACUCCCUCUUCCAGAUCCUGGCGGAGAGACAGGACAUGUACCAGUGCUUGGUUGAAGGUUGCCCAGAGAGGUUUAAGACCAGCCGAGACCGGAAGGAUCACAUGGUGAGGUUCCACCUGUACCCUGCGGAUUUCCGGUUUGAUAAGCCCAAGACAAACAAAGGCCCAGCCCUGCGGGGGUCUGAUGCUGACCCGUCAGCUGCAGCCCUAGUGGAUGAAGGGGACAUGAUGGAAGUCUGCUCUGAUCCUGCAGCAACACCCCCAGCACCUACAGGCGAGAGGCGGACCUACAGCCACAGAGUGCCUUCUACCAUCUGUUUCGGCCAAGGUGCACCUCGAGGGUUUAAAAGCACCCAGAAAAAAAACAAACACCACUAAUAGAUCCAGGUGGAGAGAAGGACCAGGCAUCUGAGUGGACAGUGCAGAAAUGGGGCUCCUGCAGGGGCUGGUGACCUUUGGCCUCUCACUUUUCAAGUGGCCACCCUGGGGCUGGGCCUUUGCUACCCUCCUUGUCUAGGUCCCUCAGGGAGUUAUCAGAAGUGGCAGGGGACCUCAAGCUUCCAGAGAUGACUGGGACACACUACAGGCUCAGGAGACCGCCCAUCUCUUUCUGCAGGGACCACCCUAGGGACAUUGUUUUGAAGCACAUGAAAUAAAUAUUUUUCACUGAA